UUCUCUAUCAAUGGCGGAAGUUUCUAGAAUUCUCCAAUCAGUUCUUCUUCCUCCUUUCUCCCAUAAACUAGACGGAACCACUAAUUCCCAUUUUAGUUCCUACAAAUUGUAUAGAAGAAACAAACUCAACAUCAGUAUCCGUUGUUCAUCAAUUUCUACAACUGAAACAACCAAAUCCACAAAGACCCAGAACAUUCCAUGGGGUUGCGAAACUGAUUCUAUAGAAAAUGCGUCGAAUUUGCAGAAAUGGUUGUCGGAAUCAGGGCUUCCUUCUCAAAAGAUGGACUUACAAAGAGUGGAUGUUGGAGAAAGAGGACUCGUAGCUAACAACAAUAUUAGGAAAGGGGAAAAGCUGCUUUUUGUUCCUCCUUCACUUGUCAUCACUGCUGAUUCGAAAUGGAGCAAUUCAGAUGCUGGUGAUGUUUUAAAACAAUACAAUGUACCAGAUUGGCCUUUUAUUGCUACAUAUUUAAUAAGUGAGGCAAGCUUCAUGAAGUCUUCAAGAUGGAGCAACUACAUAUCUGCCUUGCCUAGGCAGCCUUACUCUCUCUUAUACUGGACUCAAUCAGAGCUAGAUAGGUACUUGGAAGCAUCACAAAUAAGACAACGGGCGGUUGAAAGGAUAAAUAACGUCAUUGGAACGUACAAUGACUUGAGGCUCAGAAUAUUUUCCAGGCAUCCUGAUUUAUUUCCUGAAGAGAUAUUCAACAUAGAGACUUUCAACUGGUCAUUUGGAAUUCUCUUUUCACGUUUGGUCAGGUUACCCUCUAUGGAUGGAAGAGUUGCGUUGGUUCCUUGGGCAGAUAUGUUGAAUCAUAAUUGUGAGGUGGAAACAUUUCUUGACUAUGAUAAAUCAUCGCAAGGAAUCGUCUUUACAACAGACAGGGCAUAUCUGCCAGGUGAGCAGGUUUUUAUAUCAUAUGGAAGGAAAUCUAAUGGAGAACUUUUGCUUUCAUAUGGAUUUGUUCCUAAAGAAGGGACCAAUCCAAGCGACUCAGUUGAGGUGUCAUUGGCACUUACGAAAUCUGACAAAUGUUACAAAGAGAAGGUGGAAGCUCUAAAGAAACAUGGAUUAUCAGCAUCGGAAAGUUUUCCAGUACAAGUUACUGGUUGGCCACUGGAGUUGAUGGCUUUUGCUUAUCUAGUGGUCAGUCCACCUAGCAUGAGCAGACAGUUUGAAGAGAUGGCUGCUGCUGCAUCAAAUAAGGCAACAUCAAAGAAAGAUAUCAAGUAUCCAGAAAUAGAAGAAGAUGCAUUGCAAUUUAUUCUCGAUAGUUGUGAAUCUAGCAUAUCAAAGUAUUCCAAAUUCCUUCAGGCAAGUGGAGAAAUGGAUCUCGAUGUAACAAAUCCAAAGCAACUAAACAGAAGAGUGUUUCUGAAACAGCUAGCAGUUGACCUGUGUACAAGUGAGCGAAGGAUUCUCUAUCGUAGCCAAUAUAUAUUGAGGAGAAGAUUGAGGGACAUAAGGAGUGGAGAAUUGAAGGCUCUGAAUUUAUUUGAUGGACUUAAGAACCUUUUUAAAUGAUUCUUCGUGGAUUUUGAAAUUGUUUCCAAGAAAGUUUGCCACUGUCUCAAUGAUCAAUCCUACAGCACAAGUUGGAGUUUCCUGAACUCUCUUCUCUCAGUGUAUAAUUUGCUAUUCUACCUUCCAGCUUAAUUAGUUUCAAGAUUGUUUGUAAUCUCCAAACUUUUUGCUUACUGUUAUGACCGGUUUGAUGUUGCCAUGUGUCU